AUGCGCAACAACCCACACCCCUAUCUUCGAGAGCCGCUCUAUCCAGUCACCAGCGCCGCGCCUAUGAAUCGUUUAGGCCUCGACUUAUGCGGUCCAUUCCCUCUUAUGCAGCGAGGCAACAGAUACAUAUUGAAUAUUAUUUGUCUGUUUACAAAAUAUGUCGUUUCCUUGCCGGUGGAAGAUACAAGAGCAACCACGCUGGCACGAGCGUUACUUAAUCAUUGCGUUCUUGUGCACGGUUCACCAAACACACUCACUACUGACAGUGCCACAACCUUCACGGCAGACUUUUUCCAGGAAUUCUGUCGAUUGUUGUACAUUAACAAGCGCUAUGCUACGCCUUAUCACUCAGCUGGAAAUGGUUCAGAGCGUACUUUUCGCACUUUCCAGAAUAUGUUAUCUAAAUAUAUUACUGCCCAGAACCCUGAUUUUGAUGAGUUCCUGUCAGCAAUCACUUUUUGCUACAACACAUCUGUUCACGAGAUGACCAAAGAAUCACCAUUCUUUCUCAUGUAUGACAGGGAUCCUAGAUUUCUGAUAGAAGACAUCAUUAUGACCGAAAACUUAACAUCUUAUAGCGAAAUUGAUACGGAGCAGUACAAGCUGCAACUAAUAAAUGCACUGAAAAUCGCUUGGUCACUGGCGCACGAAUUUAAUCAGCAAGCAUAA